AGAACUUCCUGUUUGUGGAAAAAGUACGAAAUGUUCCAGGUUGCUGUUGUGAAUCCAUAGAGUGCAGCUGGCUGCUGUAAAGAUGAACUUCACCAUUCGCCCUGCAGUUAAAGCAGACUGCAAAGACAUAUGGAGACUAAUAAGGGAGUUGGCAAUUUAUGAAAAAGUGGUCAACAAGGUGGUACUGUCUUAUGAAGAAUUUGAGCAGGAUGGUUUUGGCAAAAAACCCUUGUUUGAAUCCUUGGUUGCAGAAGUACCUGAGGAGAAUAAAUCUAAAGAAGGAUUCACAGUAGUUGGUGUCGCACUUUACUAUUACACAUAUUGCACGUGGAAUGGACGGGCGGUGUUUUUGGAGGAUUUGUAUGUGAUGCCAGGAUUCAGAGGUUUUGGCAUUGGAAAAAGCUUACUGAGCACACUUGCUAAGGUGGUGCUAGAGAAGUCUUGUAAAUUGAUGGAGGUGAAUGUGAUGGCCGAGAACAGUCAAUCAAGAGCCUUCUAUACUGCUGCAGGAGCUUGGGAUGUCACUGUCAUGGAUAACUGGCACACACUUUGUUUUGAUGGAAAAAGCCUCCACAAAUUAGCCAACAAAGAUCCUGAAAGUUGAAAUUGGCAGUGAAAUCCAAAUGCUGAGAAGGAAAUAUACGUAAACUUGAAAUCCAUGCUACUAUUGCUGAAUCUCAAGCCAGUGUAUGUUGUCUGAAUCAUUGUGAUCAGACCCAUUCAUGUUGAUGGAAAGCCAAGGGUAACUAAAAUAAGUGAGUCUCUUGUAGCCUAAGUAUACAAAAGAGUAGGGGUGAGCAGUAGGCUUAAUUAAUCAUACAAUAAAU